GCGCAUCCUCGGACUCUCUUUUCUCCGUGUACCGGAAGAGGCGGUCCUCUUUCCUUGUCCAGCGCAGCCAUGGCUCGUGGUCCUAAGAAACACCUGAAGCGCGUGGCCGCUCCAAAGCAUUGGAUGCUGGAUAAACUCACAGGGGUGUUUGCUCCUCGUCCAUCCACGGGACCCCACAAGCUGAGAGAAUGCCUCCCUCUCAUAAUUUUUCUAAGGAAUAGACUUAAGUAUGCUCUAACAGGAGAUGAAGUGAAGAAGAUAUGCAUGCAGAGGUUCAUUAAGAUUGACGGCAAGGUCCGCACUGAUAUAACCUAUCCUGCUGGUUUUAUGGAUGUCAUCAGCAUUGACAAGACUGGUGAGAAUUUUCGUCUUAUUUAUGACACAAAGGGUCGCUUUGCUGUCCAUCGAAUCACACCUGAGGAGGCUAAGUACAAGUUGUGCAAAGUGAGGAAGAUCUUUGUGGGCACCAAAGGAAUCCCUCACCUGGUAACCCAUGAUGCUCGAACUAUCCGUUAUCCGGAUCCCCUCAUCAAGGUGAAUGACACCAUUCAGAUUGAUUUGGAAACUGGUAAAAUCACUGACUUCAUCAAAUUUGACACUGGUAAUUUGUGCAUGGUGACUGGAGGUGCUAAUCUGGGAAGAAUUGGUGUUAUCACCAACAGAGAGAGACAUCCUGGUUCUUUUGAUGUGGUCCACGUAAAGGAUGCCAAUGGCAACAGCUUUGCCACUCGCCUUUCCAACAUUUUUGUUAUUGGCAAAGGCAAUAAACCAUGGAUUUCACUUCCCAGAGGAAAAGGUAUCCGCCUCACUAUUGCUGAAGAGAGAGACAAAAGACUGGCUGCCAAGCAGAGCAGUGGAUGAACUGUUUCUAAAUGAUGAUUGAAUUGAAAAUUCACCAUUGAAAUAAAACCAUAAUCUAACUGAUUGA